AUGGAUUCUUCAUUGCCUGUUUGUGCCAAUGGAGUGAAUGAGCGGGGCAUAUCUAAGAAGGAUAUUCUUAUUCAAAGGCAUUAUUUGUCUUUUUCUAAUUUUUUUCUAGAAUUAAGCAGCAACAAAAUGCUAUUAAAAUCCUUGAGGAACGUUGCACACACGCAUCAACUCGUCGAACUGCACUUCGCCUCAAAUACAUCAACUCGACGUGAUCGUGCACUGCAAGAGCUAGACGACUCUAGUCCCUCCCUCACGGCCACACCGCCACCACCACUGCCUCCCCUUCCACCCACUUUUAAUCUCUCCGUGCCCCCUCCGGCUUUGCCCGUUGCUCCUGCGACCGCCUCAACGUCGGGCCGCAUUCGUGGUCUUCUUUCCCCGUCCACUGCUUUGAAGCGCGCUUCUACCAACAACAACAUAGACCUUUGUUCCUCGGCUUCGGAGAGCUCCCUGUCCCACGUUCGCGUCGAUCCCUCCAUCGAUCUGAUCCUCUCCCGGUUCCUUAAAAGCCUCAAAUCCUCGGAGGCUCAAAUUUCCACCAACCAGGCUGAACUCCAGAGGUUAAAAUUCACCGAGGAUAGUCAAAACGGCAAGCGCCUGAUGAGUCGCCUUCGCGUCCUGGAAGCCGAGAACGAGGAGCUCACGAAGCAGAAGGAGAGCGGACGACCGGCCAAGGUCUCCAUGCUGAUUAACCUGCGGCAGGGCUUCAUCAAUCGCAUGAAGGCCAACCACGCCUACGUGGAGAAGCUAAUCGACGAGGCCGAGUCUGAGGUGGAGGUGUUCACGAGCACCCUGCUAAUGCUGCAGCAGCAGCUCUCCAUCGCGCACACCACCAUCGAGGUGCUGGCGGUUGCUCUGGAAUCCUCCAGGCCUGGCAACUGUCUGCGCCUGUUUCGUGCUGCCCAGUGGCCCCUGCCCGACUCCCUGGCUCACCUUGCGGAUUCCGAGGAAGCUGGCGAGGGCAGCAACCCAGACCAGACCGCCCCGAGUCCGUCGGUGCCUCCGCGGGCGUCGGUGGAACACGACUCCGUUUCUUCUUCUUCUACUCUUCAGUCGGCGGACCCUUCCCAGUCGUUCGAGGAGUCGGCGGUGGCUGAGCUCGAGGCUGAACACCCUGCCCCUGCCCCUCCGAGUCCUCACAGUAAACCCGAGCCUGUUUCUCCACCCACCGACCAACCAUCACCACCACCGACACCGCCUCAGCACCCUCCGCAGGAGCAGUCGCCUGUGGUCCUCGCCUCAAAUCCACCACAACCGAUUCCGUCUGUGUUCCCCCGAGAUCCUAGGCUCCAGCGUCACGCACGGAUGUAA